AUGGCGAGUGCAACGCUCUUUGCUAUCUUCCUUCUUUCUGCCCUAACUUUCUACCCUCCUUCAACCACUGCUCAACCUGUCACGGACGCCAAUGGUAACAUCGUUACAAAUGGUGGCCGAUUCUUUAUAUUGCCACGCUAUUUUGGAACCGGCGGUGGAAUUGAACGAGCCAGAACCGGAGACGAAAAAUCCCCUCUCUCUGCAGAGUCAGCAUUAGUUACGAAUAUGUUCAACUCGGUGAGGUUUGAGAGUAAUGAGUGGAUAGCUGUUGAGGGUCAGUCUGAAGGAACCUUCGUUAAAGUUGGCUACCCAAAUUCCCUCUCAGGUUUCUUCACCAUUCACAGAGUUUCCUCAGCCAAUAGCUAUAAAUUUCAGUUCUGUUCAACUGAUGGCAAACCCUGCGGUAAUGUUGGGAUUGUGAAGGAUGAAGCAGGGAACAGGCUUUUGGCCAUCAAUCAGGAAACCCCAUUCGAGUUUGUUCUUACGGAACUUCCCUCUGCAGUAUCUAAAUGA